UUUACCUACAUCUUCCCCCUCAUUGGUUCCCAGUUCAUCACCGCCCCCAUGCUGCCCAUUGUACUCUAGCGUCCAACUAGGUGAUCGGGCCAACUCCACCGCCUUUCAAGCCCUUUUGCAGCGGGUGUCUUUUAGAGCAUCUCACUCGCAUCGUGAUUGCUCCAAUUCCCUUCAUUCUCAGCCUCAACAUCUAGAACAUCUCUCACACAUCAUGGCUGACGACGAACGCCGUGUCAAACGCUCCCGCUUCGAUCAAACGGAACCGGAACCGCGCCGGCCCUCCCGCUUCGAUCGUCGUUCUCGAUCUCCUUCCUCGCGACAGUCUGAAAUCACUCGCACGCGGAGUCCUCUUAGUCGGGAACCUCGAAGCCCUAGCGCAGAUACGACUAAGAAAUCAGUGGGUGCGGAUCCGGCUGCCGCAGCUGCUGCCGCAGCGGCCAAGAUCAACGCACAGUUGCAGGCAAAGAAGGGUAUCCAGCAUGUCGACGUUCCACCUAUCCGUGCAACUGCGAGUCCCGCACCGGCAGCCGCCUCACCCACCGCUGGAGAUGCAUCUUCGAAACUUAACACAGAUAUUUACGUUGCUGAUGGAGACUACAUCAAGGAUAUCGAGAUCAAUGACUUGCGCAACCGUUAUACACUGACAAAGGGCUCUACUCAGAAGAUGAUCAAGGAAGAAACUGGCGCCGAUGUCACGACUCGAGGAAACUAUUAUCCGGAUAAGAGCAUGGCCACCGCUGCGAACCCCCCCUUGUACUUACACGUGACGAGCACGAAUAAAGACGGCCUCGAAAAGGCCGUGGCUUUGAUCGACGACCUUAUGAAGAAGGAACUCCCCAAUCUGGUAGAUGAGCGCCGAUUUCGUCGACGCGAGCCGGAGCAAGUUGAACGUGACGAAUACGGUCGUCGUAAAUGGCCAGAAGAACGGAUUCCAGUGGACCUUGAACCCAUCCCUGGUUUUAACCUUCGUGCCCAAGUUGUCGGACAAGGCGGUGCAUAUGUCAAGCAUAUCCAGCAGAAAACUCGAUGCAAGGUCCAAAUCAAAGGUCGAGGAUCUGGGUUCAUGGAACCCAGUACCGGCAGAGAAAGCGAUGAGCCAAUGUUUUUGCAUGUUGCUGGACCCGAUCCCAACGACGUUCAGACCGCUAAAGAGCUGUGCGAGGAUCUGCUGUCCAACGUUCGAGAGCAGUAUCAACGCUUCAAGGAGAACCCGCCUCAGCACAACUAUGGCGGCGGCUAUGGUCAUGGUCAGCGUGGAGACCGUUAUCAUGGGGGAGGCUACGGUGGGGGUAGUGGAGGUAGUGGUGGUGGUUACGGCAAUCAGUCGCACCAUAACUCGCCCUCUACGUCUGCUAGCCCAGCCGCGCAAGGUGGAAGUGGAACACCGGGAGCUGGACACAGCCUAGCCGACUAUGGCGCACAAUAUGCGCAGUAUUACGGAUCCGAUCCGUACGCUGCCUACGGUGGAUAUCAAAACUACGUCGCGUAUUACCAGUACUAUCAACAGUACGCCCAACAGCAACAGCAGCAAUCGCAGUCGCAGUCACAAAGCCCCGCACCACCUCCGCCUCCCCCGACUAGCGAAGCGCCUCCUCCGCCUCCCGGCUCAGGAUCUCCCCCUCCCCCUCCCCCUGGUGGCAACUAUAGCGCUGUCCCACCUCCACCAGGCCUGUGAAACUGUUGUCCAGUAGUAAAUCAAAGGAGGAAUAGGAAUACCCUACCUUCUGUGCCGUUGCUGAUCAAGUACCUACUCGUUGGCCAAGUGUAACUUUAGCUUAUCUCUCUGUUUGACAUCUGACGAAUUCGGAUUUGGACAAUAUUGUCUUUGCGCUAGAAAAGAUUGGAAUUUUAUUGUUCAGCAUCAUCUCAUUGCUCUGCGCCGCCGUGCCCGGUAGGAUUAACAUUCGCAUGAAAAAGGCUUGAUCGCCAUAGUGAUGAUCCUGCUAGAAGAAGGCAUACAAGUAGAGAGAGAAAUAUACUAUUACUCUGAAACCUAAAACAACCAGGGUCUUCAGCAUCAGUUUGGAGUGGAA